GUAAAACCAGGGUUUACGAUCGCUUGGGUCAGCAAAGAGGGGUUUUGUACCAAGGCAAAGGACAUGCACGGUUUCAAUCAAAUAAAAGUAAGCGAGAAGUGACUGGAUGAGAAUCUUGUUGGUCUUUUUCGAAUGGUACGAGCUACGUAUACUAUCUAUACUAUCUUUGCUAUCUAUACUAUCUAUGCUACCUAUUCUAUCUAGUGAUUACAUACAUGAUCCAGAGAUGAGCACCGAUCUCGUACUAGGGUUUUUGGAAUGAAGUCUUGGUUUCUGAUGCGUUGACCAGAGUAAGUGUGAA